UUGAAUGCGAGUAGGCCUAGGCCCAACGUCAAAUUAUAGACCCACCCUAAACCAUGUGGGCAUUAUUUCGACAUUGCAAUAAGUACGCUUGUCUACCUCGGUUUCAGCGUUUUGUCUCAGACAGUGUAUUUCCCUGAAACCCAUCUCUGAUCCGCGGAGUUAAUUUUCUGGUCACACAAUAACAUAAAGCCAGUCAGUGAUAUUUUACUCUGUUUCUACGUUGAGCUGCGUGUUCCACAGUUAUUUCACACCUAUCUUAGGCGAUUGCUUGAAUGUAGUUCUAAACAUAUCGGCAGGGGUGGCGACCCGUGGCCUAUCCUGUCAAAGCGCGUGUUUUUUGGAACCUAUCUCACUUCUACAAUUGAUUUCAAGACUGUAGGACCGCGUGAGCACUAUGAAGUCAGCCAUGGAGGAGCAAAUCGAGAUGAAACUUUUCUCCUCGUAUGGAUCAUCCCUAAACCUGUGGACUACAGAGAAGAACACUGAACUAAUCCAGAAGCAAUCUAAAACACUAGAAGCACCUCUGAAAGCCCCAAAGAUUGAAAAAGCGGUGGUUGAGCAGAAAGAAAAAGAAGUACCAGCAACAGCGAACAUAGAGGACGAAAUAGUCAAUGUCUCCCUACCCACUCAGGCCAUUGAGAUCGAGAUGGAGGUCCUGCCUUCUCUCAAGCAUGAUGUCAAUGAUGUUGAAUCUGGAGAUCCCUCUGUCUUGUCCCCAGAUUCAGAGAAAACGCCACUGACUCCCAGGCUGCGCAAAGGAAGCAAACCUAAGUGGCGUAAGAUGGAGGCUAAGCCUAUUGGCCUGGUGGUGAAGGACGUCAUCUGUCUGCCUUCCGAUACCUACCUGAAGCAGGACGACCUGUACUACGUGCCCAGCCGAGGUGACCGAGACGUCCUCGCCCUUGCCGGCCUGGUAGCGAGGAUAACCAUCAACUCCUCUUGGCUCAGUGAGGAGAUGGAGGGCCGCUUGUCCUCCCUUUUCAAGCAACGCUUCUACAGGAGCCAUGCUGAGAAAUUUCAGUUUACAUAUUUACAGUGUUUGCAGGGUUCCCGGGUGCUUUUUGAGCCCAAUUUUCCUGAGUGCGCUUGGACUGCAAAGGACGUACUCCGCAUUUGCGAAAAAAGCCCCCUCUUCAUUUUGAGUCAUCAUAAUUUAGUAGACAAAAGAGCAGCAUUUUCCGACCCUUUGAAAGCCUACUGACUGCAGGCUGCUAUUGGAUCUGAAGCUUUUACUGUACAACCAACAUGACACGGACCUUUGGGACAUGAAAUCUGUGUCAAUUGCACGGAUUUUGCCAAAAUUCUGUGCUAUGGUCACAGAAGUGUUUUCCGUGAUGGACUCACGGAAGGGCUUUCAUUAUAUUCCUACAGCUGCUCUCUCAGGAUUUUCUAAUUUCAAAGAAUUUUUCUCAAAAACAUUUCUUACUGACAGGUUAAGGAUUGUUUUGGUCUAGACACAGCUUAUUUAGUGUUUUAUCAUGAUAUUUCACAUUGUUUCGGUUUUCUUGUGUUUUUAGACGACUGAUAAAAUUCAAGGCCUAUGGAAUACUAAUGCAUGGACAAGACGUGGAAUGAGUGUUUUUAAAAGUUUGGAUUUUAAUUUAUUUUUGUAAUUAUUGAUUUUAUCAAUAAAGUAUGAUGUAUUUACCUCCA